AUGUCGGCGAAGCCCACGAGCAAGACAUUCGGAAAGUCGACCCGAGAGGUUCCUGCCUCUUCGGAGAAGGCUAAGAAGUGGUACCCCGCUGACGACGAUGCCGAGAACAAGAAGGUCCGCAAGGCUGUCCGAUCUUGGGCCCCUCGCAAGUCCCUUCAGCCCGGUACUGUCCUCAUCCUCCUCGCUGGCCGCUUCCGUGGCAAGCGCGUCAUUCUCCUGAAGUCCCUCGACCAGGGUGUCCUCCUCGUCACCGGCCCCUUCAAGAUCAACGGUGUUCCUCUGCGACGAGUUAACUCCCGAUACGUCAUCGCUACCUCCUACAAGGUCGACAUCUCCGGUCUCGACGAGAAGAAGAUUGAGGAGGUCUCCCAGCCCAAGUACUUCACUGCUGAGAAGGCCAAGGAGAAGGCUGGUGAGGAGGCUUUCUUCAAGCAGGGAGAGAAGCCCCAGGUACGAUACAACAAGCCCAGAACAGAACUCGCAAAGUAUCACGUCACUGACAGCUCUUUACAGAAGAAGGAGGUCAACAGCAGCCGUGCCGCCGACCAGAAGGCCAUCGACAAGGCUCUGAUUGCCAACAUCAAGAAGGUUGACAUGCUGGCUUCUUACCUCUCCAGCUCUUUCAGCUUGAGGAAGGGUGACAAGCCCCACGAGAUGGCCUGGUAA